AUGAUGGAUUUACCAACGUGCGUGUACGAGAUAGCCGUUGAGUUGGGAGCCAAGCCCGCCAGUUUGCAAGGGGACAAGAACCUGUUGCGCACCUUCGCUAGCCUAGCUGAUGGCGACUUUGAGGGCGCUGCAGUAUCCGUUUACAGCGAAUUAGAGGCUGAGAUGGAGUCAAGAGCGCCAAGAUUCUCUCGUGCCGGCACGACCCCGGAGGACAUCACGCCGGCGUUCCCAACUGACGUGCCUGCUUGUUUUGACAGAGAAACGCAGAGGCGGUUGAAGACACAGCGUUUGGUAGGACCCUUGCCCACGAGGAUCAUCAACACUACAACUGGAUUAGUCGAAGAUGGCCAUGGAAGUGGCAGAUACGCCGCGCUCUCUUACUGCUGGGAGCAGGUGGACCUCACCACGAUGCUGGGGCCUAUCUUGAAGCUGGUGAGAGAGGCCGGCAUCGACUGGCUGUGGGUGGAUGCACGUUGUAUCAUGCAGAACAACCUGGAGGACAAGGAAACGGAAGUGCCCAAGAUGGGCAGAUACUAUGGCGGGGCUGCCCUCACAGUGGCCGUGGUGCCCGAGAUGCAGGAACUGAACAAACUGACAGACAUACAGGUCGGGGAAUAUGUCGAUGAAGAGAGUGUCAAGGCGUGGCCUGACUGGAGAGACCAGCUGAAAUCGGCAAAGUGGACAAGCAGAAUGUGGACGUUCCAGGAAGCCGCACUGAGCGGAAACUUGGCCGUCAUUGGAUUGGGUACCUCCUGCAACAUGGAUACGAUCAUGUGGGCAUCCAACGUCCGUGAUAUGCGGCGAGAUGGCCAGAAGGUUCUGUUCAGUAGAAGACAGGGGACAGACAGUGUCUGUACCGGCAGCGGCCUCUCUAACUGGAAGUAUUACUACCACAGCGGCUAUGGGUGGCCGCGAGGAUCCCAGACGAAGAUGGAGCUUGGUGACUUAUGGGACAUGACAGCGGGCCGGGAAUGCAAAGAGAGGCUCGACCGUAUAUAUGCUCUCCUCGGCUGUCUGACGGGCACCAGUUCUCUGACCGUGGAUUAUCAACAGGACGAGGGUCAGCUGGUGUACCAACUUGCCAAGGCUGGCGUGCUACGAAGCGAGGUGAUGGUUGGGAUGGGGGCAGCAACCAAGGAUGGAAUGUGUUGGGCGCCGGAGAGGAUAGAUGGCCUACAUCCGCUUGCUCUCGCCCAUGCCGCCAUUGGAGGACGAAUAAUCAUGCUGGGAAGGCGUAUGCUACACAUCAUCUGCCACGACUCCAUCACUCCAUCGAUCGCGCAUAUCAUGUCAACUAAGCUCGUGUCACCGGACAAGGUGUCCGGCGACGAGUUCAAGCAGCUUCUUGACCACUACGAACCUCUCAUUAAUUCCAUAUCUGCCUCCAAAGGCGCAAAACCUGGUCAGAAGACCCUGCACGAGCUGGAUCUGUUCCGUUUCGUCGAAGCUCCUGCACAGUUUUCUCAAGAUGACCCGAAGCGAGACAUGGAACACGAUGAUGUCAAGGUUCUGGUUGAUUGGAAGCUACGCCACGGCAAAUUUCGUCCGACGCUGAUGAAACUUGUAUCGUCAAAUGACUCCUCCACGGUCGAGGAGAUUGUCAAAGAAGGCAUCGAAGCCUACAGAGAUGCGUCGGAUCUUGCAGCAGCACUCAAUAUCUUGACCAAGCUGAAGGGAAUUGGCCCUGCGACUGCCUCACUUCUCCUGGCUGUGCAUUUUCCAGACCAAGUCCUUUUCUUCUCCGAUGAAGCGUAUUACUGGCUGUGCAACAAGGGCCAAAAGGCGUCACUCAAAUACAACAUGAAAGAGUACGAGUCUCUCAACGUCGAGGCACGCAAGUUGACAAAAAGACUGGGUGUCUCGGCAAUGGAUGUUGAGAAAGUUGCAUACGUCCUAUUCAAGCAAGAGGGCAUUACUCUUCAGACAACGACUCAGGACUCAACUCCCAAGACUGCAAAGAUGAAGGCAGAAACCCCGAACAAUUUGACGACAAAGAGGAAGAAGAGCUCCGAGGAGGUUAUCGAAGCCGACGCCCCAUUCCGACGAUCAAAACGAGGAAAGGCAACAUGA